CGAUCCCAGGACAAGUUGUCUCUUUUUGAAUAUCGGACGGCGAGACGAACAUGGCCCUGGUGGAGGCUGGUCAAAAAUCUUUGAUUUUCGCAGAUUUUUAAUUAAUGCACUCGUGUCUCGUUUAUCAGGAAUUUUAUACUUCCUAGUCUUUGGUAAGCGAGUUUCAAUUUAAUUAUUAGGGUCUGGAUUUUAUCGUGAUCAAUGGAAAUAGAACUUUUUAGUGAAGACUGGACCUUGAAGGCUUUAGGUCGUGAUGGCUCUAACGUAUAUUGAUAUUUUAAAGCGAAUAUCUUUCGCAUUAAAUAAUUACAUUUUUCAGUUUUGCCUGAAACCAAAGCAAGUCAUAUGUUUGGAAGCUUUGUUAAAGGGGAAUGAUGUGGUGGCAGUUCUGCCUACUGGAUUUGGAAAAUCAAUUAUUUUUCAUUUACUUGCUGAUCUCUUCCCAGUUAAAAAUGAAAAGAAUAUUGUUUUGGUCAUCAGCCCUUUAACUUCCAUUAUAAAUGAUCAGGUGAAAUACUUGAAUGGGAUUGGUUUUUCUGCUGCUGUAUUGAACUUGGAACAGAGGAAGUUUGAGGCAGAUGAGAGCUUGUUUGGAAGUAAUGAUGCAGUGGAGGACGACCAUGAUGGUACAAAUAUUACAAUUGAUUGUGGUAUUAAAAACGGAGAUAUUAAGAUUUUAUUUGCCCAUCCAGAAUCCUUUUUAUCUGAUCAAGGGCGUUCAAUUUUAAAGAGCAAAAUUUAUCAACAAAAUGUGGUAGCUUGCGUGGUUGAUGAAGCGCAUUGUGUUGAAAUGUGGGGUGCUGAAUUUCGUGAAGAUUUUGGAAAAUUAUGCACACUGAAAGCUCUUUUUCCAAGCACACCCAUGAUUGCUUUGACAGCAACUGCACCCCCAAGCAAAAUAAACAUUUUAAAAGAGAAACUAUGUUUCAGUCCUUAUUGUAAGGUUGUUGUUGCAAAUCCAAAUAGAAAAAAUAUAUUUUUAAAGAAAUUGCCAAGACGCGGAAACAACUUUGGCUUAAGAAGCUAUGACGAUAUUUUAGUUCCCAUUGCUAAAGAGUUAAAUAAAUUACGGGAUGAUUAUCCCAUGACAAUCAUUUACAUGAAGCUAAAAUAUUGUGGCUAUGCUUAUUCGUUAUUUCAGCAAACAGUAACUCCAAAUAACACAAAACUAUUUUGUCAAUUUCAUGCUCCUCAAACAUCUAGAAUGAAGAAAGAAAUCUUAGAUGAAAUUACAAAACAAGAUUCGUCUAUUAGAGUUGUGUUUGCAACCACAGCACUCGGGAUGGGUGUUAAUGCACCAAAGGUUACUGAAGUUAUCCACAUAACGCCUCCAGCCAAUAUUGAAUCUUACAUGCAAGAAAUUGGUAGAGCUGGAAGGUGUGGGCAAAACUCAACUGCAACAUUGUAUUACAAUAAUGCAGAUAUUGCUGUUAAUAAAAAUAAUGUUGACGAUAGCAUGAAGUGCUUCUGCAAAACAGAUCUGUGCUUAAGGAAAUUUAUUCUAAAUUUCUUUGGUUUUAAAAAAUAUGAACAAGAUAAUUGUUGCUCAAAUUGUACAAAGUCUAAUUUGCUGAUAAAAGAAACAACAUUACCUUGCCGUGAUUUAGUAUCAGAAGAUGCUUUUAAAUGCUUACAAACUGAGCUGAAAGAAAUUAUUGAAACUUGGAGACUUUCGCUAUUGACUACCCUUGAUCAAACUUAUGAACUUCCAUCUAUCAAUAAAAAUUUGGUUCAAACACUAUUGAGUAAACUUCCAUUUAUAAGAUCUAAAAAUGAUCUGUUAUUUGAAUAUGAUGUUUGGGAUGAUCAAUAUGCUACCACCAUAUACGAUAAAAUAAAUAAGUAUGCCCCAAAGCAUAAAUAAUUUAGGUAUAUAUAUAAAUAUAUAUAAACAAACUUUAAAAUAUAUAGUAUAUAAUAUUCACUUCUGAUAAAACAAACUUGUAAGAUUAAAAGCACUCAGUAGACAGAAUUUAAAAAAGUUCUACUUUUUCUGGAGGUUUGAAUUAUCAGCAGUCAAUGUUAGCAUAAAUAAUAUAUAUACGUUUAUGGAACUCACCUUGAUAUAACAGAUUCUUACUUUAUAAAAUCCUAGGGAACAUAUAGCUGUAAUUUAUGUUUUUCUAACCAUUUUUGAUGUUCUACAAUAUUCAAGUAACGUAGUGGGGAACGUUUAAUAUCAGGAAAACUUUGAUGAGCUCUUCCAACAAUGUGGCUAAAUGGGCGAAGAUUAAGCAGGUCGUUUGUCAUCUCCUUUUCAUCAGAUAUGGACUCUCGUUUAGAGUGUUGGACCGAUGUAUCAUGAAUAUUUAGGUUUUGAUCAUAAUUUUCUUUGAUUUCUUUUACACCGCUCACAGCCUUGCACACUUUGCUAAUGGAUUUUAUUGUUUUAUUUGCUCCCAUUCUUUGCACGAUGUGUUUUCCUAAACGAUUACUGAUUUCUUGUGAUAGAUCAUCUUCAAUGUUUUGCCCUGCUCCACCUCUCCAAUUUGAAAAGUAUCCCCAUUUGAACUCCUCAGACAAUCUAGGUGUCAACAAGCAUUCUACUUGUGCAAUGCUUACAAACAUCUCUAUCGCAUAUUUACUGUAUGCACCAAGUGAUCGAAAUAUUGACAACAAAAGCUUUUGAUUGAUGAGGUUUCUGUCACCAUCUCCUUCUUUAGCUGUAUCUUUCAUCUGAAGGAUGAGGACUGUUAAGAAAAUGAUACACAGACCGUAAUUUUUCACUUGAUCACCAUCUUCAAUUGAUUUUUGGAGAACAAAUUGAUCGACAAAAUUAUCCAGUAAAGUGUUAAAAUAUUCUUUUUUUACCUCUUUGCUAGCAUGCACCAAAUUUUUAGGAAAGGGAUGUCUUUUUGGUUCAUCUUCCAAUGUAUCCAUCUCCAAAAAAGACAUUGCUGCUACAACAACAUAUGCUCUACCAACACUUAAAAACAGAUCUUCACUACCUUCGUAUGAGUCUAACACUUUACCUGGGGUUGAAUUCCUUCUAUUCAUUUUCUCCCUGAAAUACUUCAGUGUUCCUAUCUGGUUGACAGAGUUUGCUGAGUAAAGCAGAGCAAAUGAAUAUUGAAGUAAAGAUGCCUUACAGUGCCACAUUGCAGCUUUGAAAGGGGAACAAUGCUCCAACCGGUCUGUUGGUGUGUGAUUCCCAGCUAAUAGGGAUUUCGCACCAGCGAAACGGACUCGUGUCAGCUGAUCACCACUAAACAUUAUUUUCAUGUCCUUCAUUGGAUCUUCGUUGGUAAACACAGUAUGAGAAUAUGAUUGACCUGGCUCAGCUGUGUUUUCAGGUAAUGGUGUAUUGUCGAUAAUUGGCAUGUCAGUCAGUUUACCAGCCUUUUGGUAUAUCUCUGCAAUCCAUUUCUCAUAUGUUCGCAGGAUCUCGACACAAUCUGCAUACCUUGCUUCAUUUGCAUCAAUGAUCGGCAUUGAAAUUAUUGUUGACUUUUGGGACAUUUUGUCACUAAAUCUGUUGUCAAUAUGAUCUGGGAUUACUUUUUUUAAAAAUUUAAAUUUUGGGAAAAACUCAACCAGAAUUCUUCCAAUCAGAACCUUUGUUGUCUGUCUGUAACAUUCCCAUUCUGCCAUAUUGACAGCAAAUUUCUUCCUGUCCAUAUAUCGAAUAUCUCCAAUUGGCUGGUUGUUUGGAAGAUGGUCAAAACGAAUUCUGUUUGCGAUUAGAUUUGUUGCAAAAAGAUGGUAAUCUUUGUUGUCAACACCCUUUCUUGUCUCCACUAGUACUUUCAGAUCCCAGUUAUCGCCGCUUCCUCUGAGUGUUGUGUUGUUUUUCACUAAAUCAAUCGCCUUUUCCAUAUAGUGGCUUCCAAUCAAGUUUAACAGAUUUCCUUUCAUCUUGUGUGACAGGCAUACUCCUAGUUUGUUGAAUCUUUCUUGUAACUAGAAUAUAAGUACCCAACAUAGCUUAAUUUAGUUGUUCGUUAUGUUUACUUAUAUCCAAAAACAUGUUUUAAUGAAAAGUUUUAAUAUAUAUAUAUACAUUUAGAAUUUUUUGGAUAAAUUUUCACCUUUCUAUAAAAAGCAAAAUAAGAACAGAAACUUUUUCUAUUAGUCGGAGUUAAAAUCUCAAGAGCAUUUCCCAUUAUUUACAUCUUACAUCUACUGACUUAUAUAUUACCUUUUUGCUGCAUCCACCCUCAAUGAUCAAAACAGUGUUGACUCUCUGAUAUAAACUAAGUUCAUGCCACCGCAUUUGCAUCAGUAUGGAAUAUAUGAAACAAAAUUUGUUUUUAGUUUCAAGUACAAUAUCCUUUUGCCCACACACAGCACUAAGAACAUCAACAAGUAAUGGAUGAUUUUCUUUGAUCUCAGCCCACAGUUUUUCAAUAUUAAAAUUUUGCAUCUCUUCAUACCCUUUUUUGUGUAAAAUUGAUGGUUUUUUUCUUGUGGCAAGUUUUUUACAGGAACUUUUCAAAUUAUUAAUAUAAUUAUUUUUCAAAUAUGUAGAUAUAGUUGGACAGUGGUUAAUGAUUGUAUUUGCUACUACCAUAUUAUUAUUGGAUUUAAGCGCUGUUUCCAGUUUUAAUUUUUGCAUUGCUGGUAUAUUGUCUUCGGGAGAAACAAUAUUGCGUGGUUGCAGUUGUGUGGUAGGAACUUCAGUUAACUCCUUGUUUUCAGCAAAGUUAAGUUGCUUUCUAGAUUUUCCUUUUUCGUUCUUUUUCUCACUUUCAAUAGUUUGAUUUUUCUCGUUAUGCGGAGACAAUAUGCCACGUUUGACAGACACGUUUUGUCGUAACUGAAUUUGAUUCAGUUGAACAUUUUUCCGAAAGUCUGACAUUUUCUCGACAAAGGUGACACAAGACUGACAUAUAACAGUUGGAAGAGCAUCCAGUUCUGUUGUUCUUAACCCACAUGUUAGACUUAUUUUGUUCUCAAUGUUUUUGUUUUUUCCAAUAUUGCUGAAUAUUUUUAUAAACAAAGAUUUUUGUUUUAAUUUGGCACAUAACCUGCAGAAAUUUCCAUCAUUGGAAGUGUUACGAAAGUAAAUCUUCUUAGGAGUAGCUGGCUUAGCCAUUCUUCUAUACCUUGAAUAAAAAAAGAAAAUUUUUAUAUUUAGCAAUAUAGAUGUAUAUAUAUAAAUGUGCUUUGUGUUUUUAUCUUAUAUAUAAUCCCUUACCAUUUUAAGAGUUAACAGAAUUCUUGCAAUAUGUAAAAUCUGUGUAAUUAGCAUGGAAAAUACAUCCAAUCCUUUAUCUGUUUUUGCGUUGAUGUAGCUAACUGCGCUUACUUUGUAUUCUGAUGUUCAGUAGUAAUAAUAAUAAUAAAUAA